AUGCAAAUAGUUUCUUACAUGGACACAAGCACGACACGCUCAGAAAGGAAAAGCAGGCCGCAAAACCCGCGUGCAAAAGAGGGCAAGAAAGACGGGCAGGACGAGAAGAAGGAAAGGCUCAAGCCGUACACUGUAAAGGACUUUAUUCAGUCCAAGUAUGGGGCGCUGCUUCUAGCGAAAAUGGAGGCACCGUUCAAAGAGCGAACCCAGAGGCUGCUCGAAAGGGGAGAUCCUGCGUCUCUGCGCAAAUACAUGCGGGCUCUGGUCCGCCUCUUCUCCUCCUGGGCGCAGUCCUCUCCUCUGUGCGGGAACAAGAGGACAAAGGCCUAUCCGCUCUUGAAAGAGAUUGAGAUCGCUGCAAGAACGCAGAAAAUUUUGCUUGGCAGCGGGGCAGAAGGGAAGGGCGCAGACGAAGACAUAGAGCAAGCAGACACGCGCGAAAGAGAGCACGCAGGCGCGGAAAAAGGCUCCGAAAGCGCAGGCAGUUUCUUUGAAAACACGCAGUUUGACACCCAGUCCUUCUCUCUUCUGGAAACGACGCAGACCGAGAACGACACCCAAAGCAUGCACAUGGACAGCAUAUCCGACCUGCUAGACGCGUUGGGCGAGUCUUCUGACGAAGGCGUGACAAACAGACAGCGGGCCAGAAAGUAG